GGUGACAAACAACUAAGAAAGAAAAGGACCAAAACAAUGGAAGAAAAUUACAUCGAAGUUGUUCUCUACUCCAUUUCCUCUCUCAUCUUUUUGAUUAUCUCUCUCAAGUUCUUGAAACCAAACAAACAGAAUCUUCCUCCAUCUCCGCCGGGAUGGUUGCCCGUGAUAGGCCACCUCCGUCUCCUGAGGCCGCCUAUCCACCGCACCCUCCGCUCCCUCUCCGAAUCCCUCGACGGCGACGGCGGCGUGAUGGCUCUCCGACUUGGAUCCCGCCUAGUCUACGUGGUGUCCUCACAUACGAUCGCAGCGGAGGAGUGCUUUGGAAAGAACGACGUCGUUCUAGCCAACCGGCCUCAGGUUAUCAUCGGGAAACACGUUGGGUACGACAACACGAACAUGAUCGCCGCACCUUACGGUGAUCACUGGCGCAACCUUCGUCGCCUCUGCACCAUCGAAAUAUUCUCCACACACCGCCUUAACUGCUUUCUUUUUGUCCGUACCGACGAAGUACGCCGCCUCGUAAGCCGUCUCUUCCGUGCCGCAGGAACUGAAAAAUCCGUUGUGGAAAUGAAACCGAUGCUUAUCGACUUGACAUUCAACAACAUAAUGAGAAUGAUGACCGGAAAACGAUACUACGGAGAAGAUACAACGGAUGAGGAAGAAGCAAAACGUGUCCGAAAGUUAGUGGCAGAUGUUGGAGCCAACACGUGUUCAGGCAACGCCGUUGACUACGUUCCGAUCUUGAGACCAUUCUCAAGUUAUGAGAAAAGGGUUAAAAAAUUAGGGCAAGAGACUGAUAAGUUUUUACAAGGUCUUAUCGAUGAUAAACGUGGACAACAAGAAACCGGUAAUACAAUGAUCGAUCAUUUGCUUCUUCUCCAAAAAAAUGAUACUGAGUAUUACACCGAUCAAAUCAUCAAAGGCAUCAUACUGAUUAUGGUAAUAGCAGGGACUAACACAUCAGCUGUCACUCUAGAAUGGGCAUUGUCCAAUUUGCUAAACCAUCCUGACGUAAUACGUAAAGCGAGAACCGAAAUCGAUAACCGUGUUGGUUUAGACCGGUUUAUUGAAGAAUCAGAUCUCAACGAGCUACCGUAUCUCAAGAACAUCGUCCUCGAGACUCUCCGGCUACACCCAGCAACACCAUUGCUAGUCCCACACAUGGCAUCAGAAGAUUGCAAGGUGGGGUCCUAUGAUAUGCCACGUGGCACAACAUUGUUGGUGAAUGCUUGGGCCAUACAUAGGGAUCCAAAAACGUGGGAUGAUCCGGAUAGCUUUAAACCGGAGCGGUUUGAGAAAGAAGAGGAAACACAAAAGCUUAUGGCGUUUGGAUUAGGGAGAAGAGCGUGUCCUGGGUCGGGCCUGGCCCAACGGAUCAUAGGGCUUGCUCUCGGGUCAUUGAUACAAUGUUUUGAGUGGGAGAGAGUUGGUGAAGAAGAAGUGGAUAUGACGGAAGGCGUUGGUAAUACAGUACCUAAAGCUAUUCCGUUGCAAGCCGUUUGCAAAGCUCUAAAUAAAUGGCGGUCUCGACCUCACUCAAUCACUUUGUCUCACUCACUCGUUUCCCUUCUUCUUCUUCUUCUUCUUCUUCUUCUUUCUCCUCUUACGCUCACCGUCUCUUCCUUUCUCCAUCCUCUUCCAUCAGAAGAUUCAAUCUCUUUUCCCUCAAACCAUCUCGCUCUUCCGCAUCCAUGUCGUCUUCUUCUUCCCCAGACACUGCUGAGACUCCUCAAACCACCGCUCCUUACGGCUCCUGGAAAUCUCCGAUCACCGCCGACAUCGUUUCCGGUGCUUCAAAGCGUCUCGGCGGCACAUCCGUCGAUUCUCGUGGCCGUCUCGUCUGGCUCGAGUCUCGCCCCAACGAAUCAGGGGGUUUUGGUUGUGGAAGGAGAAAAAACUGGAGAUGAACCAAUUGAUAUUACACCAAAAGAGUUCGCUGUGAGGACUUUAACUCAAGAAUACGGUGGUGGUGCUUUCCGGAUUUCAUCAGAGGACAAACUUGUUUUCUCCAAUUACAAAGAUCAGCGACUUUACAAGCAAGAUAUCACUGACAAAGAUUCAUCCCCGAGUCCGAUUACUCCAGAUUAUGGUUCACCAGCUGUUACUUAUGCUGAUGGAGUCUUUGAUUCACGCUUUAACCGUUACAUCACUGUUAGGGAAGAUGGUCGCCAGGACAGAUCAAACCCAAUUACGACGAUUGUGGAGGUUAAUCUAAGUGGACAGACACUUGAAGAACCAAAAGUACUUGUGAGUGGCAAUGAUUUCUAUGCAUUUCCACGGUUGGACUCCAAGUGUGAGAGACUAGCGUGGAUUGAAUGGAGUCACCCUAAUAUGCCUUGGGAUAAAGCAGAGCUGUGGGCUGGGUACAUUUCUGAGGAAGGAAAUAUUGGGAAACGUGUAUGUGUUGCUGGUUGUGACCCCAAAUAUGUCGAAUCACCCACUGAGCCAAAGUGGUCAUCAAGAGGGGAACUCUUUUUUGUAACUGACAGAAAGAACGGAUUUUGGAAUAUUCAUAAAUGGAUUGAAAGUACCAAUGAGGUUGUUUCUGUAUAUCCUCUCGAUGGCGAGUUUGCAAAACCACUAUGGGUUUUCGGUACAAACUCCUAUGAAAUAAUCGAUUGCUCUGAAGGGAAGAACAUAAUUGCAUGUAGCUAUAGGCAGAAAGGAAAGUCAUAUCUUGGCAUUUUGGAUGAUUCGAAGGGUUCAUGUUCUCUGCUCGAUACUCCUCUAACCGAUUUUGACAGCAUCACAUUGGGAAAUCAAUGCCUUUUUGUUGAGGGAGCAUCAGCUGUUCUUCCACCAUCAGUUGCUAAGGUGAAACUGGAUCAGCAUAAGAUGAAAGCAGUCAGUUCUGAGAUUGUUUGGUCUUCUUCACCCGAUGUUUUGAAGUACAAAGAUUUCUUCAGCGUGCCAGAGUUAAUAGAGUUUCCAACAGAGGCUCCUGGUCAGAACGCUUAUGCUUACUAUUAUCCUCCAACAAAUCCACUGUACCAUGGUAGCAUGGAAGAGAAACCUCCGUUGCUAGUGAAGAGUCAUGGAGGACCUACUGCUGAAUCACGUGGAUCAUUAAAUCUGAAUAUCCAGUACUGGACAAGUCGAGGGUGGGCAUAUGUUGAUGUCAAUUAUGGUGGAAGCACAGGUUAUGGUCGAGAGUAUCGAGAGCGGUUGUUGCAGCGGUGGGGGAUUGUCGACGUUGAUGACUGCUGUGGCUGUGCUAAAUAUUUGGUAUCUUUGGGAAAGGCAGAUGUUAAGAGGCUCUGUAUAUCUGGAGGUUCUGCAGGAGGUUAUACGACUCUUGCAGCAUUAGCGUUCAGAGACGUAUUCAAGGCUGGAGCGUCCUUAUACGGGGUGGCCGACUUAAAAAUGUUGAAAGAAGAAGGUCAUAAGUUCGAAUCCCGCUAUAUCGACAAUCUUGUUGGAGAUGAAAAGGAUUUCUACGAGAGAUCACCAAUCAACUUCGUCGAUAAAUUCUCUUGCCCCAUAAUCCUUUUCCAAGGCUUGGAAGACAAGGUUGUAACGCCGGAUCAAUCUCGUAAAAUUUAUCAAGCGUUGAAGAGUAAAGGUCUGCCUGUUGCUCUUGUCGAGUACGAAGGAGAACAACACGGUUUUCGCAAGGCGGAGAACAUAAAAUACACAUUGGAGCAACAAAUGGUGUUCUUUGCCCGAGUCAUCGGAGGGUUUAAAGUUGCAGAUGACAUCAUUCCUCUGAAAAUUGACAACUUCGACUCUUCCGAUGAUGUUUAG